CGUCAGUCUGUUUGCCUUGCAAGCCUUAAGCUAACGUCAUAUAUGGUCGUAUUUGGGCAUGGCUAAUUAAGUCUUUUUUUUUAUGUAAUUUUAUUUCCUUUAAUACAAUGCCAAAGUGUAUGUGCUGUGUAAGAUUUUGCAAUAGUUCAAACUUUGUGGAAAACAAAUCUAAGUUACAUUUUUUUUCGUGGCCUAAAGAUGAGAAUGUUGUGGAAACGUGGCUCAAGGAAUUCUCAGACAACAGUUUUGUCACGGGUUUUUCUAAAUAUUUUAAGGUUACCAAUAACUUGAGAAUUUGUAGCUUGCAUUUCGAGGCGAAAUUUGUUAAUGAGAAUACUAAAAAACUUAUUAAAAAUGCUAUUCCUACCAUUUUUCAAUUACCAACACAUCACUCCACAAAGGCAUGUACAACAACUACAAAUGUGGACAGGACACCAUUAACAAACCGAAAUGGUCGAUUGAAAUGUGUACCCUCCAUUAAGGUAACUUCAAGUGAUAAAACAGGGAGCUCUUUUUUUGCUCGUGACUUACAUUCUACAUCCACUAAUUCUAACUCAAUUAGUGGUGAUGUGGGCUACGACUUCUCCCUUCUAUCUGAAGCUACAAGUGACACAACAUUGGACUCCUUCGGUCAUGACUUGGAUCAAAAUGGUAGAUCAACUUCUCAUUCUAACGUCCUUCAAGGAGAUUUAGAAUUAUCUCUUCUCUCUGGAACUACUAGUGAUAUAACUUUGGACUCCUUUGGUCAUGACUUAGAUCAAAAUGGUAGAUCCACCUCUAAUUCUAACAACCUCGGUGGUGAUUUACAGUUGUCCCUCCUAUCUGCAACUACUGGUGAUACAACCGUGAACUCCUUCGGUCAUGACUUUGAUAAGAAUGGUAGAUCCACUCCUCAUUCAAACGCCCUCGCCGGUGAUUUAGAUAUGUCUCUUCUCUCUGCAACUACUAGUGAUAAAACUUUGGACUCCUUCGGACAUGCUUUAUACGUUCCCAAGGGUAUCACUAUCGUCUCGUCUGCUAACUGCUUUUCAUUCAACAGUAUCAAUAUGAUUCGGAUGUUGCUCGUAAUAUCAGCCCAGAACGAAGCCCACAAGAAAGUUCAAAUUCUUCUAAUACUACUUCUAUAGUUUAUUGGACCAAUAAACUAGUUUUGAAUUAGAGAGUAAUUGGCAUUCAACUAUAAAAAACUAAUUUACAAUUUACAGGAAGAGUAAUCAUCAAUACCUUUAUUAUGAAGGAGAAAGCUGAAUUGCAAGCUAAAUCUAGAAGAUCACAUUCCAUGAAGUAUGAAGAGUCACUACCAUAUAUAAUACUGCAAUAUGUCCUCAUAAGAUUUCAUACGGAAUCAAAACGCCAUCAAGCUUUUUCGUCCCCAACUUCACCGUCCCCAACAACCUCUGUCUCCAGGUCCAGCUCCAGGUCCAGCUCCAUCUUCACCAGCUCUAGGUCCAGCUCCAGGUCCAGCUCCACCAUCUGAAAUUCCCAAUCCAGAGGGAAUACAAAAAAAAAAUAAAAUUUAAUCAAAAAAGAAAAGAGUUAGGCAUGUCGACAAAGUUGCCAAACACAGGAUUUGCCAUAACAGGGGCCAUAUGGCAAAUACUUGCCCUAAUCCAAGAUAUCGGCCAGCAAAGAUACAGAAAACAAAUUAGUUUUUUUGUAUUUUUUAUUCUUUUUUUGGUGGUGAACCAGCACAAUAAUGGCUUUGGGGACAUACCUGUUCAGAUGACCACCAUAAUACAUGUGGAUAUAGCAUCAAAAAUUAGGUAUCUUGUCGCCGCUGUGUAACUUUCUUCUCCAUAGUCUCCGUUCUGGCAGCAUGUUUACUACUGCAAUAUAAAAAAAUAUAUAAAAA